UCACCUGAAGGCAGCACACCACAGCUACACCGUCUUCGCAGUCCAAGGCAAACACAGCCGCUACCUGCCAGGCGGAAUGGACGUGUCCUCCAGUGCUCCUAGUUUCAUCCUCAGCGCAGGAGAGCCGCGGGAGAAGUCAGGCCCAACAUGACAGCGCCGGGACGGGAGAAGAAAUACCGCCAGCAGCCGCCGCGGUUAACCGUCCGGCCCGAGGCGGUGUGGGCUGCGGGUCGCUACGCCGUGCUGGCCGCCCUGUGCGCCCUAUGUUACAGCAACUCUCUCCGUGGGGAGUUGGUGCACGACGAUGUGUGGGCUAUCAUCAACAACCCGGACGUCCGAUCGGGCUCCAGCCUAAGAAACAUCUUCAGCAAUGACUUCUGGGGCAAGAGGAUGGCGGACAAUACAAGCCACAAGUCCUACAGACCGCUGUGCAUCCUUACCUUCAAGUUGAACAUCCUGCUGGGCGGCAUGGCGCCUCUUUAUUUCCACAUCAUCAAUGUGUGUUUGCACUGCGCCGUAACCUGCCUGCUCAUGCACACAUGUGAACGCUGCGUGUUUGAAGACUCACGCCUGGCCUUUGUCACAGCGCUUCUCUUUGCUGUGCACCCCGUCCACACUGAAGCCGUGUCUGGUAUCGUGGGCAGGGCUGAUGUCUUGGCAUGUCUGCUAUUCUUGCUGACGUUUCUCUCCUACAUCAGGAGUGUUGGUGUGUGUGUCUUUGAGGACUCUCUGCCCUCCACGGUGUCUGCAUGGUGUCUGCUCGUCAGUUUGUUGCUGGGCACCUGUGCCAUGCUGGUCAAGGAGACAGGCAUAACCGUGUUUGGAGUGUGCAUGCUCUACGACGCCCUGGUGCUGUGCCGCAAGCCUCUCAUCUAUCACCUGUCUGGCUCCAGAUUCAGGGACCUCCACCACAUCUGCAGUCCCUUCAUCAAACGAGCCUGCCUCAUCUCUGGCUAUGUGGUGAUCAUCAUGUCGGUCAGACUAUGGCUGAUGGGGGGAUCCAUGCCUCUCUUCUCUGAACAGGACAACCCCGCCUCCUUCUCACCACACCUGCUUACCAGGAUGUUGACCUAUUCCUACCUGCUGUCUUUCAAUGCCUGGCUGCUGCUGGCCCCCAUCGUGCUGUGUUACGACUGGCAGGUGGGCAGCAUUCCCCUGGUGGAGUCGCUGGGAGACAUCCGCCAUGUGGCCACCUUGCUGCUGGUCGUGGUAAUGGUCGCUCUCUGCCUGAGCUGCGUCUUAUCACUGCAGAGACAGGAGAGCAGGGAAGUGUUGGUGGGCAUGCUGUUUCUGGUGUUUCCCUUCAUUCCUGCCAGUAAUCUUUUCUUCAGGGUGGGAUUUGUUGUUGCUGAGAGGGUGCUCUACAUGCCAAGUAUGGGUUACUGUAUCCUGGUGGCUCAUGGCCUGGGUCGGCUGUGUUCGGUGGUUGGUCGUUGGGGCACCACAGUCCUCAGUGUCUCCAUGCUGCUGCUGCUCCUGCUCUUCUCCUGGAAGACCGUCCAGCAGAACCAUGUCUGGAUCUCCAGGGAGGCCCUCUUCCGCUCUGGUAUCCAGACUCUGCCACACAAUGCCAAAGUCCAUUACAACUACGCCAACUUCUUGAAAGAUAACGGCCGGCACCAGGAGGCCAUUCACCACUACACCACUGCCCUCAGGUUAUACCCCCGCCAUGCUAGCGCCAUGAACAAUCUUGGCACUCUGACUCGCAACCCAGAGGAGGUUGAGCGUUACUACAGGAAGGCACUGGACACCAACCCACAGCACAACCGAGCUCUGUUUAACCUGGGAAAUCUCCUCAAGUCGCAGGGGAAGGAAAAAGAGGCUGAGACUCUGCUGAAGGACUCCAUACACUUCGGUCCACAUUUUGCAGAUGCUUACUCGAGUCUGGCAUCGCUCUAUGCUGAGCAGAAACGCUUUGCUGAAGCCAAUGCAAUGUAUCUGGAAGGUAUAGAGAACUGUCCGGACAGCUCUGACCUGCAUAAUAACUACGGAGUGUUUCUGGUGGAUACGGGAGAGGGGGAGCUGGCAGCCGCUCAAUACCAGCAAGCUGUUAGACUCAAACCAGCACACUAUGUUGCCAUGGUGAACCUGGGUCGCCUACUCCGAUCAUCCAAUGAGAACACAGAAGCUGAGUCUUGGUACAAGAGGGCGCUGCAGGUGACAAGGAAGGUGGACAUCCUGACUCCGCUUGGAGCUCUGUACUACAACACAGGCCGGUACGAGGAGGCCCUGCAGGUGUACAAAGAGGCCGCCGCCCUGCAGCCAGACAGCACCGACAUCUGGCUGGCUCUGGCUCAGGUAUUAGCCAUGGCCAGUCGUACCAAAGAGGCAGAAAUGAUGACUCUAAGCAUCAUAUCCAGGGAAGGCAGCUGUAUUGAAUGUUACCGCCUCCUGUCUGCCAUCUACAGCAAGCGUGGCAACUACACAGAGGCGCUUGAUGCUCUGGACAGGGCCCUGCAACAGAGUCCCAGUGAUCUGACAGUGAGAGCAGAGCUGUAUUUCUCCAAAGGAAACCAGCUCAGAGAGAUGAACCAGCUAGACCAAGCCUUUGAGAGCUACAAGCUGGCUGUCAAACUCAAACCUGACCAGUCCCAGGCCUGGAUGAACAUGGGAGGGAUUAGGCACAUUAAGGGAGACUAUGCAGCAGCUAGGAUGUACUACCAGCGCGCCCUGCUUCUGAGCCCCGGCUCCAAACUUCUGAAGGAAAACCUGGCCAAGCUGGACCGGCUGGAGAGGAGACUGACAGGGGGAGCAUAGACGUAUGUGUUCCCAAGACACUGUACCAUCCUAGGCACAGAUCAAGGGAGCAGGGCACAACCCAGCCCUAAGGAGCUCAGACACCAGCCACUACUGCUGGAUAAAACAGACCCUGACCUGGUUAAUAAGACGACAGGCCUGAAUGAAAGUAGAGGAGGAGGAGGAAGCACUCGUCUGGUCUGCAGCAGGUUCGGAGGUGGGCCGGGUGUGCUGGAGUCAAAGAGACUGGUCAAUCCACAGUCCAGAAUAUUUUCCUCGGGUUAGCAGAAGGCAAUGGCUAGUUGAAGACCACCGGGAGCUCCAUGUGUUGCCCUUUUGCAUCAGCUUUACUUCAACAUGCACAUCUGCUUUAAACAUUUGUGUUUGAUUGAUUUAUUAUUUAGCUUCAUGUGAAGUCAUUUCCUUUAUGGCACUCAAUCACAGAUUGUAAUUCAGUCCGUGAGAAUGUUUCAUGUAUUUGCAUUGGUGCAGUCAAAGUGUGUGGAAAGAUGUUAUGAAGGGAAUGAGCAUGGGAAUAAAAAUAAUCUCCGCUAAAAGGUUUACUUUCUAGCUUUCAGAACUUUCAACUACAUCUAUAAUAAUAUUACAAUAUAUGAAUCAAAAUGUAUCCGAAACAUACUGAUAGCUGAAAUCAACGUGAUUCAACCAUACCGUCCACUCACAAUGAUAGAUUAAUGUUACAGAGUAGUGUUUAUUUUACCUCACAAAUGAUCUUUAGCCAAGAACAGACACCAACUUGCAGACAGCACAAUGACCAGACAGUUGUAAAGUUAAAUUUUUUGGUUGAAAGCAUCCAAAAAGCUAGUAAGUGGACCUUUUGAGUUUAGAUUAUUGUGUUGCACAUGAAGGGAAUGGGUUGACACGAGAUCAACUUUAAUCCCACUCUUUGUUGGAGUAUAUCAAUAAAUACAGUAUAACAAAAGACAAAAUCUGUAAAGAUAUCAGAUUAUAUGAGAAAUGGAAUAAAAUUUAUAACUGCUGCUUUCUCUUUAGACAAACUAUACUAUGUUCAUCUGACCUCCAUUUCCAGAACUUGUUACUGAAUAAAACCUAAUGUUGCAAGCCUUCUGCAAGUAUAAUAAGCUAGUGUGUCUACUCCUGUGUGAGAAGGUAAACCUUGUGGCUUCAUGCGUACCAUAACCUCUGAAGAUUUCUGUUUGGUUGCUUGUUGUGGUUUUGUUGACAGUGAUUUUGAUUGUGAAUGAAUUUUGUUGUGGAAUGGCAAUGGGAUGAAAAUGAAGUGACGAGUGCAAUGACUGAUUUGCACCUAGAAAAUAAAGUAUAUGUUUUAUUAAAUGG